CCCAAUGACAGCGCGAGAGAAGGAGACGGGAAGGAUCGGAGCGCGCUGACGGACCGAUGGAGGCCGAGCCGCCGGUGCACCUAAGGAUGCUGUAAGAAUCCGUGCGACUCGUAAAGAGGCGGAGACUUCGUCGUCAGGCCACGCCCCUCCGAAUUUCCCAGCGACUCCGAAAGAUGUACGGCAGCGCAGCCCGGGGCGUCGGCCACAUCGAGGGCAGCCCGGCACGUUCUCCCCGCCUGCCCCGCUCGCCGCGCCUGGGCCACCGCCGAGUCACCAGCGCAAGCUCGGGUGCCAAGACCCUGUCCAUGGAGAACAUCCAGUCGCUGAACGCCGCCUACGCCACGUCGGGCCCCAUGUACCUGAGCGAGCACGAGGUCGUGGGCUCGCACGCCACCUACCCGCGCGGCACCAUGACCCUGGGUCGCGGGGCCGGCCGGGCCAUGUACGGCGGGCGCGUGACGGCCAUGGGCAGCAGCCCCAACAUCGCCUCGGUGGGCCUGGGCCAGCACGCCGACCUGCUGUCCUUCGGCGACCUGGGCUCACUGGGCUCGCUGGCCCUGCAGCACCACCAGCAGGGGGCGCUGCACGUCCAGCUGAGGGACAUGCAGCGCGAGAACGAGCUCCUGCGCAGAGAGCUGGAGCUGAAGGAGAGCAAGCUGGGCUCGUCCGCCAACAGCAUCAAGAGCUUCUGGAGCCCCGAGCUGAAGAAGGAGCGCGGCAUGAGGAAGGAGGAGGCGGCGCGGACCUCCGUGCUGAAGGAGCAGAUGAGGGUGACGCACGAGGAGAACCAGCAACUGCUGGAUGCUCGCAGGACUAAGCAUCUCCAGAUGACCAUCCAGGCUCUCCAGGACGAGCUGAGAACCCAGCGAGACCUGAACCACCUCCUGCAGCAGGAGAGCAACUCCAGGGUCUCGGGAGCUGAGCACUUCGCCACCAUCGAGCUGACCGAGGAGAACUUCCGCCGCCUGCAGGCCGAGCAUGACCGCCAGGCCAAGGAACUCUUCCUGCUCCGGAAAACCCUGGAGGAGAUGGAGCUGAGGAUCGAGACGCAGAAGCAGACGCUGGGCGCCAGGGACGAGUCCAUCAAGAAGCUGCUGGAGAUGCUGCAGAGCAAAGGGCUCCCCCCGGGGGUUGGGCGGGCGUCGGAGGAGGAGGAGCAGGACCGAGCAAGACGAAUCGCGGAGGCAGAGGCUCAGCUCGGGCAUCUGGAGGUCAUACUGGAUCAAAAGGAGAAGGAGAACCUGCACCUGAGAGAGGAGCUUCACAGACGAAACCAGCUGCAUCAGGACCCCAGCAAGACCAAAGCUCUUCAGACCAUCAUAGAGAUGAAGGACACGAAGAUCGCCUCUCUGGAGCGCACCAUCCGGGACCUGGAGGACGAGAUCCAGCUGCUGAAGACCAACGGGCUGCUGAGCACAGAGGACCGGGAGGAGGAGAUCAAACAGAUGGAGGUGUACAAGAACCACUCCAAAUUCAUGAAGUCCAAGAUCGAUCAGUUGAAGCAGGAACUAUCGAAGAAGGAGUCGGAACUGUUAGCGCUGCAAACCAAACUGGAGACUCUGAAUAAUCAGAACUCGGACUGUAAGCAGCACAUCGAAGUUCUCAAAGAGUCUCUGACCGCUAAAGAACAACGAGCGGCUAUUCUACAGACGGAGGUGGACGCUCUGCGUCUGCGUCUGGAGGAGAAGGAAUCGUUCCUCAAUAAGAAGACGAAGCAGCUGCAGGACCUGACGGAGGAGAAAGGAACUCUGGCUGGAGAGAUCCGCGACAUCAAGGACAUGCUGGAGGUCAAAGAGCGCAAGAUCAACGUCCUGCAGAAGAAAAUCGAGAACCUGCAGGAGCAGCUGCGUGACAAGGACAAACAGUUGGGGAACCUGAAAGACAGAGUGAAGUCGCUACAGACGGACUCCACUAACACCGACACGGCCCUCGCCACGCUGGAGGAGGCUUUGUCUGAGAAGGAGCGAAUCAUCGAGCGCUUGAAGGACCAGCGGGAGCGGGAGGACCGGGAGCGCAUGGGGGAGCUCGACUCCUACAAGAAAGAGAACAAGGAGCUGAAGGAGAACGUCAGCACCCUGCAGGUGGAGCUCAAUGAGAAAGAGUCCAGUCUGAUCGAUCUGAAGGAACACGCCUCGUCUCUGGCCUCGUCCGGCCUGAAGAAAGACUCCAAGCUGAAGUCUCUGGAGAUCGCCAUCGAGCAGAAGAAGGAGGAGUGCAGCAAACUGGAAACACAGCUGCAGAAGCAAGCAGAGCAGCUGUUCAAUCAGAUCAACAAUCCUAAGGCCCAUGAGGUGGAGAUACAACAGGGUUCCCGAGGAAACCCGGAUUACAUGGAGCGCAUGAAGCUCCUGGAGAAGGAGGUCACCUUCUAUAAGGAGGAGUCGGGGAAGGCUCAGUCUGAGGUGGAAAGGCUGCUGGAUAUCCUGCGAGACGUGGAGACGGAGAAGAACGACAAGGAGAAGAAGAUCGCCGAGCUGGAGAGUCUUGCUCCGAGGCAAGGCAAAGACCAAAUCAAGAAAGGUCCCGGUAUCAAACUGGGCCCACAGGGGGAGAAAAAGGGCAGCAGCAUCUUACCGGACCUUCGCAAGGACAACCCAAUUGACAACGCCAAGAUAGAAGACUUGAUGGGCGUGUUGGAAAAGACGAGGCAGGAGCUGGACGCCACCAAGCAGCGCCUGUCCUCCACACAGCAGUCUCUAGCCGAGAGGGAUGGCCACCUGACCAACCUGAGACAGGAGAGACGCAAGCAGCUGGAGGAGAUCCUGGAAAUGAAGCAGCAGACUCUGCUCGCUGCCAUCAGUGAGAAGGACGCUAACAUCGCCCUACUUGAGCUUUCCUCCUCCAAUAAAAAGAAGAUGCAGGAGGAAGUGAUGGUGCUCAAGCGUGAAAAGGACAGACUGAUGCAGCAGCUCAAACAGCAUACCCAAAGCAGGAUGAAACUGAUGUCGGACAACUACGAAGACGACCAGUUCCACCCUCACGGUCCACCUCACCACCUACAACCAGGGCAGCCCCAUCCCCAUCCGCACCCUCAAGCCCCGACUCAGGCCCCGGGUCAGCCUGUAUACCCACACGCCCCCAUUCCUCAACAACAACAACAACCCCCUUACCCACAUGCCCCGCAUCCCCAACACCCGCAACACCAACAACCUCUUCCACCACAUCCUCACCCCCAACAGACUCAUCAUCCACCAUACCAGCAACACCCUCAACACCUCCAACACCCCCAGCCACCUGGUCCACACCAACACCCGCCUAGGCCCCAACAGCCCCACCCUCAGCACCCCCCUCCUCAGCAGCACCCCCAGCAUCCUCAACACGGCCCGCCGCCACAGCAGGGCCCUCACCCACAACAUCCCCAGCACCCCUCCCAUCCCCCUCACGGUGCUCCUCACGGGCCUCAUCCUCGACACCCAGCCCCACACCACCGUGGCCCUGCCCGUGGGCCACCACACGCUGGCCCACACAGACCCACUCCAGACCCGUCGUCUCAUUUCAUGCCACAGGAUGACGAGGAGGGCAUCUGGGCAUAACCCCUUCCCGUCCAAAUCUAUGCUGAGCUUUUACAGGAUGACAGCUGGAGGUGCAUAGCCAUGUCACGCAGAUGAUACUACCCAUAAUCCACUUGGCCGGACUCCCAUCUUCUACCAGACCAACACUGCAGCAGGAAGGGGGGGGGGGUGAAACUGAGAGGAGGAGCUGAAGAGGUGUGAGUUUCUGAGGCAAGAGUGAGGACUCCCACCUGAGCAGAUGAGAGGUGACUUGAUGAUGGAGAGAUGAGCAGGUCUGACAAGAAUUAAACAGCAACUGAAUCAGGACCUUCUGCAUCUCUUCAUGAUGGCUUGCUCUCCUGCCUCUCUCCUCAUAUCUACGUCUGACUCUUUCUGCUCGACUUCGUCUCCCUCAGACUCAGAUUGCACGAUGGGUCCUGCCAAUCAAAACGUGUCUCCCACCUCUUCUUCACCCUCCACCAGGUCUCCCUCAACACUUCCAUCUUCUCGGGCAUUUUCGUUUAGGUUAUGUACGUUAGGCACUCUUGGAUCUUCAUGCAUAUUUAGGUUACAUAAC